AUGGAAGAAACACAAAAAGGAACGCGCAUAGGGCCGCCGCCUGGGGGUCGCCGGGGCGCGGCUGGAGCUGGCGCUGGACGCGGCAGCAUGCGGGCCGCCAGCCGAGCGCGAGGAGCUGCACGAUCACCUAGCAGCCCCUCGCAUCCAUCAUCCCCACCAGAAGGCUUGGUGUCGGCUGGGUCUUCUCGGACCCAGCAAGCGGCACCCGCCGCUGGUGGAGCACGUCGCAUGCGUUGGACAAAAUCGAUGAACGAAAACGCAUUGCGGGCGUACUAUAGGGCGAAAGGGAAAGAAACUGUGGGAAUAGCGUAUAGGUCUCGGAUGCAUUGCUUUUUUGCUGUGCUGGAGCCGUCUAUCCCCGUCACGGAACAAAACCUGGCAGACCGAGUUCGGUACAUCAUGCGCUCGAAAAUAUUUGAUGAUGCCGAACUCGAACGACUACGACGUGAGGCUAUUCCGUCGUCGAAUGAAUCGGCUAUGGCUGGAGAUGCAGCUCCACAUUCGACAGACCAGCAUCCACACGUGGAAGCCGCCAUGGAUCUUCCAGUUGUGGUUGAUUCGAACGACGAUGAAAUAGUCUCCCACGAACUAGAGCAAAUGAGGAGUAUAUUGGAAGAGGCGAUUUUGGAAACGCGCAGCACCCCUCUCGAAAAUCGACCGCGACUUCCCCCGCAUACCCUUAAGCAAGCGAAAUCGGGCUGUCGUGAGGGCUCUUAA